UUUUUAUUUUCGGUUCAGUUUACAGGAAUGACCUGCUUAUUGGUAGGAACCACAUGAAUUGUCGUUUUAAAACAUGGCUUUUUGGUGUCAGAAAGACAGUUAUAUGCAGGAGUUUGACACAUCUGUCGUGUCUUGCGUACCUGCGGAAUUAAAAUUAGAGAACAACGGGAAGAAAGAAAAAGUGAAAGGUUUUAAAGUGAAACUAAAAGACACCAUUCUGUUUCCAGAGGGAGGAGGACAGCCUGAUGAUCAUGGGACGAUCGGAGGUGUCUCUGUGCUGCGUGUAAUGAGACAGGGUCCUGAGGCAGUGCACUUCAUCAGCUCUGCUCUAGAGGAGGGACAGGAGGUCCACAUCAAGCUGGACUGGGAGCGACGGUUUGACCACAUGCAGCAGCAUUCAGGACAACACUUGAUCACAGCUUUAGCUGAUGCAAUGUUUGGAUACAAAACUACCUCUUGGGAGUUGGGCCGUCAGCGUAGCAGUAUAGAGCUGGACACAGCCACAGUGAAGCCUAUAGAGAUGGAGGCUUUAGAGGCAGCAGUGAAUGAGAAGAUUCGUGCACACGUUCCAGUCGCUGUUCACCUGCUGUCCAUUGAUGAUCCUGCUGUAGAGAAGGUGAGAAGUCGUGGUCUUCCUGACGAUCACGCUGGACCCAUCAGGAUCAUUGACAUUGAGGGUGUAGAUGCCAACAUGUGCUGUGGGACUCAUGUGUCCAACCUCAGUCACCUGCAGGUUAUUAAGAUUCUGGGAACUGAAAAAGGAAAAAAGAAUAAAACCAACCUGAUUUUCUUAGUGGGCAACAGGGUGCUAAAGCAUGCUGAGAAGAGUUACAACAUUGAAAAAUCUCUGACGUCCCUUCUUAAAACAGGGGCAGAUGAACAUGUCGAUGCAGUGGACAAACUACAGAAGACGGUAAAACGACUUCAGAAAUGUAAUCUUAGUAUCCUGAGGGAAAUGGCUGUUAUGAUUGCACAGAACUUCAAAAGCAAACUGGACAGAGGAAAAUUCUUCAGCUUACACAACAAAGAUGGUGAUAAUGAGUUCAUGAACAUCAUUGCAAAUGAAAUCGGAUUUCAGGACACAGUGAUCUUCCUGACAGUGGGUGAGGAGAAGGGUGCAGGACUGUUCCUUCUUGCAGGCCCUGAGAAUUUUGUAACUGAAUUUGGACCUCGGGUGUCAGAGCUGCUGCAGGGUAAAGGAGCUGGAAAGUCAGGACGUUACCAGGGUAAAGCCAACAGUCUGGCGAAGAGAGCAGAAGCAGAGGUGUUACUGCAGGAGCACAGCUGCAAUCUCACCGCAGGAGAGGAGUAAAGAACUGACCUGACACUUCCAACGCUGACUGACACACACAGGUGCAGUGAGACUGCUGAGCAAAUGGUCGAGUGAUGAUCCAGACUUAAGCAGACAAUUACUAAAUUGUGAUUCCACUCCACAGUGCUUGAAGCCUGAUAACUACAAUGAUCAGAGAUAACAUUACUUGAACGGUGGACUCUGUAGAGUUAAUUAAGUGUAUGAGAGAAGUAAUGUAGAUUAAUUGGAAAGGACAAAGAUAAAUCAUAAGGCUAUUCGUUACGAGAGGUUAUAAAUUGGUUUAUUGCUAUGUGUAUGAGUUUAACAUAAUCUUUUUUUUUUUGGGUCAGAAUUAAAUUAAAUUAUACCCCCCCCCAAUCAAUGUAUUUGAAAUUAUAUGAAUGAGAAAUCAAUACAGCAGCUGAAUGAGAAAUCAAUACAGCAGCUCAACUUCAGCUCCAGAUAUUAAAAAUAAAUUUGUAAAAAUGCUUGAAUAAAUUGGAAAUUGUGUGUGAUGUCUGUGGAUUGUACUUUGUGUCUAAGCAGUUAAAGGCAUAGGUCAACCAAAAAUUAGAAACCUGUCAAACUCUGAUUACUUUUUUUAAUUAUUAUGCCUCAAAUAAAAGGGUGUUUUGCAGUACAAAUAAACGUGCACUUUCAUUGAACAGAAAACAAUGGCUCGGAUAUUCUGCAAACAACAUGAGCACAAAUGGAAGUCGGCAUGUUGUUUCAGAGAGUUCCGGUACCCUAAGAUUGGCCUCAUUAUGCCGACUCACAGAUGAGUGUCAUCCUAUCAGACAUUUUUGCAUUGGCCCAAGUGUUUACCUUGCCCUGUCAAGUCAGCAGCGUGAGAGACCUGGGUUGAGAUCCCGCACUGAAACCAGGAUGUAAUUGCGUUCAUAUAAACACUGACAAGCAAGAUUUGGAGGUUGCAUUUUUCCCU